GUUGGUCUAGUGAGUUAGAGAAUACAAAUCAAACCAGUCCGUAAAGCUUUCUGGAAGAAGUAUCGAUCGACACGGCGAUAGCCCUGUCGAUCGAUAUUUUGAAAGGUGUGUCGAUCGAUAUGCCCAUUGGAUUAUCGAUCGACACUUUCUCGCGACCAAAAUAAUGAGAGUUGAGGUCCGAGAUCCAGAUUAGAUAAUCAAACAGAUUAUACUUUAGUUUGAAUUCAAGGACAAUUAAUAUUAAUAAACUCCUAAUUUCCCAAAUUAAGUAUUAUUUAUCAAACCUGAGAAUAUACCUGAAUCUAGCUACUUCAACCCAUUGUUAACAAACUCAAAACAAUCAAUCGAGUAAUAGACUUGCUCACCAACCAAUUUACUGCUUUAAAACCCAUAAACCAUUUAAUCUAGAUUUAUUUCAAGACCAUAAUCUAUUGUGUAAUCCUAGAGUCUCUGUGGACUCGAUCCCUAAGUACUACAUCUGAACCUUUUAUUUGAGAGAGUAAUUUACUCCUUAGGGUAAUUUGAGUGAUAUCACAUAUAUUUACCUUUUCCUCAAUAAAGUGAAAUUUUAGCAAUAUCUACAACUCUCGUCAAUGUGUCUUGGUCACAUUAUAGUUAUAUAAUUACAAAUACAUCACCGAAAAUGGGUUUGUUAUCUAUCUUCAGUUGGCUAACCAUGCAAAAUAAUAUAUCGGAAAUUAAAACUCACAAAACACCACUCGAACAAAGAUUGACACAUCAAACAAAGUGCGUUCAGAUAAAUUGACGCAAAAGGGAUUUAGAAGACUCAAAACGUCAAAAAAUAUGUCUUAAUCGGCCUUUCUCGUCAGUUUAUGCAAGGCAAGAAAAGAUAACACAUAACUCUAAAUUAACGCUGUUAAUUUUAAAUGGUUUGAAUUUCACCCUAAGAUUUUCUGGUCAUAGAACCUUUAGAUAUUCAAAAAGAAAAUCUGCUAACUAUAAAAAAGAUAAAAUAACACAUAAGGAAAAAUGACAACUUUAGUUUCUUAUCUUACAUGUACAUAUAUAAACUAUGAGUAUUAUUACAAUAAUGAUAUGAAAGAGUGGGAAAAGGAUAAAUAAUAUUUUUUAUAGAACUCACAAGCAUAAUAUUAAGUUCCCAUUCGUCUAGCUUUGUUAUUUCUUUUUACUCCCAUGACAGUUACUUCCUUUUUCUCGUCCUAUCAUCAUAUUCUUCAUUACAUUAGCCAUGCAAAUACAACAAGAAAAUUAUGGCAACAAAGCCUUGGUACUCUAUUUAAUUUUAACCAAAUUCUUCAGUGCCAUUACAGCAGGCAUCAACAUCUGCUUAACUUCCAUAAAACAUUACGACCUUACUUAUAGAGAUUCUCAAUAUAUACCUACUUAUUACAACCUAUUUGUCCUGAUGUCCCUCAAACAAAAAUUUACUCACCAUAAGAAAAUUAGAAACCGGCUGCUAUUUUACAUGCGGUUUUCCUUUGAUGAUAUAGUUAAGGUUAAUCAUCUUAAGGCUGAGACACAUUCACAAACAAAUAUCAAAAACAAUAGAAAAUAGUGGGGGUCAAAAGAAACUUUCAAUCUUCUGUUUGAUAACGUAAAUAUGAACAUACUAUAGUUAUAUUGGUCAACUCAACUUCAUGAAAGAAAGUGUAACUCAAAAUACAUUAACCUAAACAUGAGUUUCAUUUUGAAAGAAAUUCUAAAACUGAUACCGUACAUUCUCUUUAAUUUAUAUGAUAAAAUCUUGUAUCCUCACCCUAUAUAUUCUUAGUAUCUGUGCAUAUCAAAAUCCAUCCCAGCUUUUAAGCAUAAACGAAAUAAAAAGGACAAGGAAAAAAAAAAAGAUUAACCAAUAAGAUGGGAAGCAAAGCUGUUGUCUCAGUCUACUUAAUUAUUUCACUGUGUGCUGCCAUCUUUGUCACUCGUGGAGUAGCUCAAAUGCAAAAUCCGCAAGCGAUUCCAGGACUUUUUCCACCUGGCUUAGUACCUAUUGAUCUCGUCAAAUGUUGGUCGUCUCUCUUUACCGUCCAAGGAUGUGUCUUGGCAAUCUCCAACUCAUUUUUUUCUGGAAAAUUUGAAAACGUUGAAGCGGCAUGCUGCAAGGUGUUUUCAACUUUAGAUGCAAACUGUUGGCCUCAUAUGUUUCCUUUGAAUCCUUUCUUCCCUCCUCUCCUCAGGGACAAUUGUGCGCGUAUCAUCCCUAACUCCCCUGCACACAACUGAAAGGAACAAUGAUUGUUCAUCUUCAGUUUUAGACUAGUAUAUUAGCUUCAAUGUCUAAGUUUUUCAUGUGUGAACUCAAUUAUUAGGAGCCCUAUAUUUACCUUUUCCUCAAUAAAGUGAAAUUUUAGCAAUAUCUACAACUCUUUUCAAUGUGUCUUGGUCACAUUAUAGUUAUAUAAUUACAAAUACAUCACCGAAAAUGGGUUUGUUAUCUAUCUUCAGUUGGCUAACCAUGCAAAAUAAUAUAUCGGAAAUUAAAACUCACAAAACACCACUCGAACAAAGAUUGACACAUCAAACAAGGUGCGUUCAGAUAAAUUGACACAAAAGGGAUUUAGAAGACUCAAAACGUCGAAAAAUAUGUCUUAAUCGGCCUUUCUCGUCAGUUUAUGCAAGGCAAGAAAAGAUAACACAUAACUCUAAAUUAACGCUGUUAAUUUUAAAUGGUUUGAAUUUCACCCUAAGAUUUUCUGGUCAUAGAACCUUUAGAUAUUCAAAAAGAAAAUCUGCUAACUAUAAAAAAAAAGAUAAAAUAACACAUAAGGAAAAAUGACAACUUUAGUUUCUUAUCUUACAUGUACAUAUAUAAACUAUGAGUAUUAUUACAAUAUACUGAUAUGAAAGAGUGGGAAAAGGAUAAAUAAUAUUUUUUAUAGAACUCACAAGCAUAAUAUUAAGUUCCCAUUCGUCUAGCUUUGUUAUUUCUUUUUAUUCCCAUGACAGCUACUUCCUUUUUCUCGUCCUAUCAUCAUAUUCUUCAUUACAUUAGCCAUGCAAAUACAACAAGAAAAUUAUGGCAACAAAGCCUUGGUACUCUAUUUAAUUUUAACCAAAUUCUUCAGUGCCAUUACAGCAGGCAUCAACAUCUGCUUAACUUCCAUAAAACAUUACGACCUUACUUAUAGAGAUUCUCAAUAUAUACCUACUUAUUACAACCUAUUUGUCCUGAUGUCCCUCAAACAAAAAUUUACUCACCAUAAGAAAAUUAGAAACCGGGUGCUAUUUUACAUGCGGUUUUCCUAAAAUGAUAUAGUUAAGGUUAAUCAUCUUAAGGCUGAGACACAUUCACAGAUGUUAAACCAAAUAUCAAAAACAAUAGAAAAUAGUGGGGGUCAAACGAAACUUUCAAUGUUCUGUUUGAUAACGUAAAUAUGAACAUACUAUAGUUAUAUUGGUCAACUCAACUUCAUGAAAGAAAGUGUAACUCAAAAUACAUUAACCUAAACAUGAGUUUCAUUUUGAAAGAAAUUCUAAAACUGAUACCGUACAUUCUCUUUAAUUUAUAUGAUAAAAUCUUGUAUCCUCACCCUAUAUAUUCUUAGUAUCUGUGCAUAUCAAAAUCCAUCCCAGCUUUUAAGCAUAAACGAAAUAAAAAGGACAAGGAAAAAAAAA